CGUGAUAGCUAAACCAAUCGAAAUCUGAUGCAUUGAGAGGCCACUGAGAAUAGGAUCGUCUCUUCCACUCAGAUUCCACUCCCAACUUGAAUCGGCCGCACGACCUAUUUACUAGUUUUCCCAUUCCCAAGUGCGGGAGAGGUGGCUGUUUGUUGGUGUAAGUGGCUCAGGGGGGAAUAAACUUUCUGAGAUGGGGGGAGAGAAGGGCGGUAAGAAUGGCAAGACCAAGAGGAAGCGUCCAUCCAAGGAGCUGUCCAGCGGAGACGCACCCAGAAGUAAAAAGCCCGAGAAGGAUGAAGACGAAGCCGUGAAGAUGUCUGAAAAGGAUCAGAAGAGAAAAGCCUCUCGGAAGGUCAAGACUGUCAAAACGGAGACACUUGAGAGUGAAAUGGAGGAUUUUGUGAGCACUCCUGGCCAUGUGACCGUGAAGGCAGAGCCAGACGAUGGCGACUUUGUGGCCGAGAAAAAGGGGAAGAAGAGAGUUAGAGAGAGCGAGCCCACAGAGGCGACGGCAUGCUCAACAUCAACUGUGAAGAAGAGGAAGAAAAUGAAGGAAGAGAAAGAGGAGGUUGAAGCUGAAGGCCAGAGGAAUGAGAAGAAGAAAAAGAAGAGAAUAAAGGAGCCAAAACCAGAAAAGUCGGAACAACCGGUGUCCUCAAAGAGGAAGAAGACGAAGGAGGAGAUCGAAGCUGCGAAGCUUUUGAAGAUAAAGAUGAAAGAAGAGGAGGAGAAACAGAGGUGGCGAUGGUGGGAGGAGGAAAAGUAUGAGGAUGGUGUUAAGUGGAAGUUUCUGGAACACAAAGGGCCUUAUUUCCCCCCAGAGUACUUGCCCCUGCCUGACAACGUGAAAUUCUACUACAAUGGGGAAGCCGUACAGCUGAGCCCAGUAGCAGAGGAAGCGGCCCUGUUCUUUGCCCAGAUGCUGGAUCAUGACUACACCACCAAGGACGUGUUCCGCAACAACUUCUUCAAGGACUGGAGGAAGGAAAUGAGUCUGGAAGAGAGGAUGCUCAUCACGGACCUGAAUAAGUGUGACUUUGGGGAGAUCUUCCGCAUGCACCAGGAGAGGGUGCAGGCCAGACGCAACAUGAGCAAAGAAGAGAAACAGGUAAUCAAGGAGGCCAAUCAGAAGAUAGUAGAGGACUAUGGCUUCUGCCUGCUGGACCACCACCGGGAACGCAUCGGCAACUUCAAGAUCGAGCCACCGGGCCUUUUCCGUGGGCGAGGCGACCACCCAAAACAGGGCAUGCUGAAGAAGAGGCUCCAGCCUGAGGAUAUCAUCAUCAACUGCAGCAAAGAAUCAAACAUCCCACAACCCCCUGCUGGUCACAAGUGGAAGGAGGUUCGCCAUGACAACACGGUGACGUGGCUGGCCAGCUGGACGGAGAAUGUGCAGGGCUCGUGCAAAUACAUCAUGCUUAAUGCCAACUCCAAACUGAAGGGUGAGAAAGACUGGGAGAAAUAUGAGGUGGCCCGGAGGCUGAAGGGCUGUGUGGAGCAGAUCAGGACCCAGUAUAAGCAAGACCUCAAGUCCAAGCAGAUGAGCAUACGCCAAAGAGCUGUGGCCCUCUACUUCAUCGACAAGCUGGCCCUCAGGGCGGGGAACGAAAAGGAGGAGGGCGAGACGGCCGACACGGUGGGCUGCUGCUCCCUGCGUGUGGAGCACAUCGCCCUCCACCCGCAGCUGGACGGAGAGCAGAACGUGGUGGAGUUCGACUUCCUGGGUAAAGACUGCAUCCGCUACUACAACAAGGUCCCCGUCACCAAGAGGGUAUUCAAAAACCUGAAGAUUUUCAUGAACAACAAGCAAGGAGGAGAUGACCUGUUCGACUGUCUGAACACGUCUGUAUUGAAUAAGUACCUUACCUCACUAAUGGCUGGGCUGACCGCCAAGGUGUUCCGAACGUACAACGCCUCCAUCACUCUGCAGGAGCAACUGAAGGAACUGUCCACCAUGUCAGACAAUGUGCCUGAGAAGCUGCUGUCAUACAACAGGGCCAACCGUGCGGUUGCAGUACUCUGCAACCACCAGCGGGCGCCGCCAAAGACCUUUGAGCAGUCCAUGGCCAACCUGCAGGCCAAGAUUGACAGUAGGAAGGAGCAGCUGGCCCUGGCGAAGUCUGAGCUGAAGCAGGCCAAGAAGGAGCUGGUGAGCGGCUCGGACAGCAAGCUGCAGGCCGUGGUGGAGAAGAAGAAGAAGACUGUGCAGCGCUGUGAGGAGCAGCUGCUGAGGAUGGAAAUCCAGGCCACAGACCGGGAGGAGAACAAGCAGAUCUCCCUGGGCACCUCCAAACUCAACUACCUGGACCCGCGCAUCAGCGUCGCCUGGUGCAAGAACAUGGAGGUGCCCUUGGAGAAAAUAUACAACAAAACUCAGAGAGAUAAGUUUGCCUGGGCCGUCGACAUGACCGAAAUGGAUUUCUUUUUCUGAGUCUCAGCUUCAGACUAACCUGCAGCAAAGAUGGCUUUCAUUAAGAAUGAAUUUGUUUGUUCAAAGUUUUGCACAUGCUCCCCCUACCCUGUAUUUGUAUUUUAGUGCUGUUGCCGCUUUUUUUCAUUCUCCGCUAAAGUUUUAUGCUACAGUUCAAAUGCAUUUUAU